CUUUUGGAGCAAUGGAUGUGGGAUCUGCCAGAGGGGCUCACAUCCCAGUUCCUAUGCCAGCUGAUGGAACGUGGCCCCCUGCGGUCCCUGGUCUUUAUUCAGAGAGCAGUGCCCCGUGGUGGCACCCCGGCAGCUCCAACCAGGCAUGCCUUUGCUUUCUCUGCCCAGGUGAACACAGCCAUGCACGAGGCCAAGCUGAUGGAGGAGUGUGACGAGCUGAUGGAGAUCAUCCGCCAGCGUAAGCAGGUCAUCGCCGUCAAGAUCAAGGAGACAAAGGUGAUGAAGCUGAGGAAGCUGGCCCAGCAGGUCGCCAACUGCCGGCAGUGCCUCGAGCGCUCCACGGUCCUCAUCAACCAAGCAGAGCACAUCCUGAAGGAGAAUGACCACGCUCGCUUCCUGCAGACAGCUCGGAACGUGGCGGAGAGGGUCGCCAUGGCAACUGCAUCCUCUCAAGUUCUGAUACCAGAUAUCAAUUUUAAUGACGCCUUUGAAAACUUCGCCUUGGAUUUUUCCAGAGAGAAGAAACUGCUGGAGGGGUUGGAUUAUCUCACCGCACCAAACCCUCCGUCUGUGCGUGAGGAGCUCUGCACGGCCUCCCAUGACACCAUCACAGUCCACUGGAUCUCAGAGGAUGAGUUCAGUGUCAGCUCCUACGAGCUCCAGUACACCAUCUUCACCGGGCAAGCCAACUUCAUCAGUCUCUACAACUCCAUGGACAGCUGGAUGAUCGUCCCCAACAUCAAGCAGAACCACUACACCGUGCACGGGCUGCAGAGCGGCACCCGCUACAUUUUCCUGGUCAAGGCCAUCAACCAGGCGGGCAGCCGGAACAGCGAGCCUGCGCGGCUCAAAACCAACAGUCAGCCUUUUAAGCUGGACCCCAAGAUGGCCCACAAGAAGUUGAAGAUCUCCAACGAUGGGCUGCAGAUGGAGAAGGACGAGAGCUCCCUGAAGAAGAGCCACACGCCAGAGAGGUUCAGUGGGACCGGCUGCUACGGUGCGGCGGGCAACGUCUUCAUCGACAGCGGCUGCCACUACUGGGAGGUGGUGGUGGGCUCCUCCACUUGGUAUGCCAUUGGCGUGGCUUACAAGUCGGCUCCCAAGAACGAGUGGAUCGGGAAGAACUCCUCAUCUUGGGUCUUCUCCCGCUGCAACAACAACUUCGUGGUGAGGCACAACAACAAGGAGAUGCUGGUGGAGGUGCACCCGCAGAUGAAGCGUCUCGGCGUCCUCCUGGAUUAUGACAACAACGCGCUCUCCUUCUACGACCCGGCCAACUCCCUGCACCUCCACACCUUCGAGGUCUCCUUCAUCCUCCCGGUGUGCCCCACGUUCACUAUCUGGAACAAAUCCUUGAUGAUCCUCUCGGGUCUGCCUGCCCCAGACUUCAUAGAUUACCCAGAGCAGCAGGAGUGUAACUGCAGGCCCCAGGAGUCCCCAUACGUAUCAGGGAUGAAAGCCUGUCACUAGGAGUGACCCUGCCCCACGGUGGUACAGUGAUGUGGGCUGAGGCUGGUGGUGGGCACCAGGAGCCCUCCAAGCCACAGAGCAACCACAGUGCUCCAACAGGAGGGCGCCCACCUGCAGCUGGUUUUAUUUUUAAGGGGAAAACGAAAGAACCUCUGAAAAUAAACUCCUGUUGGCCAGCU